AUGAGCGCCAUAUCUCCACAAACGCCAUUGUCGUGGUCCGUGUGUCUAUCCAUCGCGCAGCGCGCGACGCGCGGCCUAGCGUACUUGCACGAGUACAGCCCGCGGCGAUACGUGCACGGCUGCAUCAAGUCCUCCAAGAUCUUGCUGGACGACGAGCUCCGCACGCACGUGUCCGGAUUCGGCCUCGCCCGCCUUGUCGCCGACGCGCACAAGGCCGCCGUGGGAGGCCACUCCAAGAAGCUCGGCAGCGCGGCGUGUGCGCUUCGCGGCGCCGUGUCGUACGUGGCCUGGCGCACGGAGCAGGCGCCUGGGGGCGGCGUGCACGGAGCAGGCACGAGCAUGGACAUCGCACGGAGCGGGCGUGAGCACGGAGCGAGCACGAAGCCCACGGAAGGGGAAGGCAGCAUGGACCUAGAGGCCUGGGUGCGCCGCACCUUUAAGGAGCAGCGGCCGCUGUUGGAGGUGGUCGACCCCACGUUGCUCGGCGAGGUGCACGCCAAGAAGAAGGUCUUGGUCGUCUUCCACGUCGCACUCGGGUGCACGGAGCUCGACCCCGAGAUGCGCCCACGCAUGCGCGCCGUCGCCGAGAGCCUCAACCAGAGAUUCCCCAUCCGCAUCUUCGGCCACCGCGCGCUCGCCUUCACCCGCCACCACCGCCGCUAA